AUGAGACCUGAGGCGGCAGCAGGAACCCAGGAAGCGCGCGGGCGCAGCUGUCACUGUCCCAGAGAUGGUACCGGAAGGGCACCGCAGCCGCUCGGGCCCGAGAGCUCCACACCCUGGAGACCUUGGAGCCCCACAUCUAGAGAUACUGAACUGAUGGGAACCAGAACACAGUUUGAGCCUGGAGGUGAUCAACAAACUUUUGGAUCGAAGGGGGCCUUUGGGUUUCAGCAUCCUGUAAGACUUUAUUUGCCCGUCUCAAAGCGCCAAGAAUAUCUGCAGAGUUCCGGGGAGAAAGUGCUGGCCAGUUUCCCAGUGCAAGCCACGAUUCACUUCUACAACGAUGAAUCUGAUUCAGAUGAGGACGAAGAACAACGAGAGGAAGAGAUCCAACCUUCUGCCCUCCAGUGCCAGGAGGCAGAAGGCCCUAUGGGAAGUGGUGCAGGGGGGAAGUGCAGGGACCACCUGAUGCACCAAGAAAGUAGAUAUAGAGGCCUCUAUGGGAAGGUUCUGCUCCCCCAUGGUGACCCUCCAGGGAAUGUUGAGUCCUCCUCACCCAAAUAA